AUCAUGAUGAGUAACCUAUUCACUGUUCCACUAUUCCACUUGCCGCAGUAAGUUGAGAGGCUGCUUAUAAAUUUUUUACUCUAUUGUAAUCCCCUGCCUUUUUCUUUAUCUUUGCUGUAUACAUGUCUGAUAGUGCAUUCGCUAUUGGCACGAUGAGUGCUCUUGCACUAGUCACAGCGUCCAGUGCAUUCAUACUAACGUUACAGCGAAUCUACUUUCACAAAUCACAACAAAAGGAUCUUUCACCACUUCAAUUUGACACAAAACGCGAUCUGACAGUACCCGUCACGGACGAUACCAACCGUUUAAAUAGACUGACUUUUUCAACUCUUGUCAUUGCACUGUUAUCAGCCUUCAACUUUUACACAGCGGUUGAUAAAGAUAAUAGCAGUCAUGAUUGGAUCAAAGUGGCUUCGGCCUGUGUCCAGUUUAUCGCUUGGUUAUAUGCCUUUGUUCUCGUACUCGUAUCUCGACGACACCAGCUUCCAAACGAGUGGGGAUGGAUAUUGAAUGUUCACUUGUUUAUCUUUUACUUCGCCGCCUGGUGUGUUGCUAUCUACAACUUGUAUAGCGCGCUCGUACUGAAUCUUAAUGAUACGCUGAUCCACUUGUUACCAAACGUUUUGGCUGUCAUAUUGGGAGCAGAUCUUAUCUGUUCAACUGGCUCAGCAAACAAAGGCCCACGGUUUUUAGAUGAAGAAGGUAGACCUGUUAUUGGUGUUGAAAGUGCCUCUAUCUUUUCGUUCCUUUCCUUUCGUUGGGUUUCUCCUCUGGUAACAUACGCCUAUAACAGUAAAAAGUUGACCGAAGAUGAUCUUCCUUCGUUGCCCCCUCUUUUCCGUGGCUACAACCUCUUUUAUAUCUUUGGCGCAUCUAAAGGCAAAUCAUUGGUCAGAAGAAUGUACCUUGCUAAUCGUCGCGCGAUUAUCAUUCACGUCACCCUAGCUAUAAUUUCGUCCAUGCUUUAUUACGUGCCUGCUUUCUUUAUCAAUCGACUAUUGUUUUUGAUCCAGGAUAUGAAAGGUGAAGGAGAUAGCGAAUCUUUACGAAAAGGCUUUUUGUUGGUCACUGGUGUGGCUUUAACGCUCUUUGUUGUGGGUCUCACCACUAGUCAAGUGUGGUAUUACGCGGCUUCUGUCGUGCAAGUCCGUAUCAAGUCCAUGCUAAAUAUUGAAAUCUACCGCAAAACUUUGCGUAGACGAGAUUUAGCUAUUGAUGCUCCCAAGAUCGAGGAAGAGGAGGAUAGCGAUGAUAAGAAGGACAAAAAGGAUGAUGACAAACAAAAGAAAGAAGAUAUUAGUUCAUCCAUUGGAACGAUCGUUAACUUGAUGAGUACCGAUACCAACCGUAUAUCUGAAUUCGCUACCUGGUGGUGGGCCGUGUUGGAAGCUCCUACUGAAUUAGGUGUUGGUAUCUACUUUCUCUACACUCUUCUCGGAAAAUCAUGCUUCUUGGGCCUAUUAGUGAUGAUUGUCAUUUUACCUUUGAACCAUUACAACGCAAAAAUGUAUGCACAAGCUCAAGACAAAUUGAUGGAAUCUCGAGACAAGCGUAUUUCAUUAAUGAAUGAAGUGCUUCAAGGAAUUCGUCAGAUUAAAUUCUUUGCUUGGGAGACUAACUGGGAAAAACGUAUUAUGGAAGCAAGAGCGACUGAACUUCGUCAUUUAGCGGUUACUUAUCUGUCUCAUGUCUUGUUUACGUUCGCAUGGCAAGGUUCGCCUAUUCUUGUUUCUCUUGUAUCUUUCUGGUCAUUCACUAGAUUGGAAGGAAAAGAACUCACAGCUCCUAUCGCCUUCACUUCUAUCAGCGUAUUCAAUGAAUUGAAAUUCGCCUUGAAUGUUCUUCCCGAAGUAUUUAUCGAAUGGUUACAGGCUGCAAUUAGUGUGAGACGUAUUCAGGCAUAUUUAGACGAAGGCGAAAUCGACAAUCCUACUGAAGAGGACAUUCAAACAAAGGACAUCACUCUUGGUUUGUAUGAUGCAACUGUGGGUUGGGCCAAGCCAAGUUAUAGCGAUGAUGCUACCCAGGAACAAAGCAACACAGGAUUUACUCUGAAGGAUCUCAAUAUUGAAUUCCCUAACAAUGAACUCAGUUUGAUUGCCGGUGCAACUGGUUCCGGAAAGACUCUGUUGAUGCUUAGCUUGCUCGGUGAAGCUGUGACCAUUAAAGGAACCGUAAAGUGUCCUCGUCAGCCUAUUGUUGAUACGGUGUCUAGCGACUUCGAUUUGUCAGCUGAUAUUGAUCCUAAGGACUGGAUACUGCCAUACGCUGUCGCCUAUGUAUCUCAAACGGCAUGGCUUCAGAACGCGUCUAUUCGAGACAAUAUUCUCUUUGGUCUACCUUUUGUUGAAUCAAGAUACCAGGACACCCUUUAUGCAUGCGCUCUUAAUAAAGACUUGGAAAUUUUGGAAGACGGUGAUAUGACAGAAAUUGGUGAAAAGGGUAUUACCUUAUCUGGUGGUCAAAAAGCUCGUGUAUCACUUGCAAGAGCUGUUUAUUCUCGAGCACAAAAUGUCUUGAUGGAUGAUGUAUUGAGUGCUGUUGAUGCACAUACCGCAAAGCAUUUAUAUGAAAAAUGCCUAUUGGGUCCCUUGAUGAAGGGUCGUACUCGUAUUUUGAUCACUCACCAUGUCAAGCUUUGUUCAAAGGGCGCCGCUUAUAUUGUUAACCUUGAUUAUAAUGUUGCUGGUACGCCCUAUGGCUUGCGUGAGCUUGGAUACCUUGAAGAGGAAGAGGAAAGUGCUAUUGAAGAAGCUGCUGAAGAAGAAAAGGCCAUUGAAGAGACACUUCCACCCGCUAAUGAUGAUGACAAGAAGAAACCACGCGCAUUGGUAGAGGAAGAGACGCGUGCAACUGGUAUGGUCAAGGUUAAAUACUACACUCUCUACAUGAAGUUGGUCGGAAAUCCUUUCUUUUGGCUUGUCAUGGCUGCCUUAAUUUUAGGAUCACGUGGUUUGGAUAUUACCGAAAGCUGGUGGAUCAAGCGAUGGACUCAGACUUAUGAAUCUGUACAUAAUGACGACAUAAUUGUUCAGCAGCACCAUAGUUACGUAUCUCAGUCUAAAUCGUUCUAUGCGUAUAAUCAUCAACCUGUCAUCGGUGACAAUAGAACAUGGGCGGCAGAAGGCGACAAUAGCGAUGACUCUGUUAACUUCUUCCUUGGCAUAUACUGUCUUAUCACUAUGUCAAACGUUAUCGUUCUUACCUUAAGAUUCGUCGUUCUCUUCUGGGGUGUCCUUGGCGCCAACAGAAAACUAUAUGCUGAUCUACUCCAUCGUGUUUUCAGAGCACCACUUCGCUUCUUUGAUACUACGCCCAUUGGUCGAAUCCUCAACCGUUUCUCAAAAGACUUUGAAACAAUUGAUUCAUCUAUUCCCAAUCAUUUUAUGGAGUUUAUCAUUCAAUGGGUUAUUAUUAUUUCUAGUAUCAUUACUGUUUCUACUGUAUUACCUGUCUUUGUGGUUCCUCUGCUCGUUGUGGCUUUGUUUAACAUCUGGAUAGGUGUCAUGUUUGUCUCUGCCUCUCGUGAAUUCAAGCGUAUGGACUCUGUAACUCGUUCUCCUCUCUUUAGUCAUUUUACAGAAACAAUUGUAGGUGUAACUACCAUUCGCGCCUUUGGUGCAACCCGCCAGUUCAUGCAACAGAUGCUCAAGUAUAUUGAUGCCAACUCACGUCCUUUCUAUUAUACAUGGCUUGUUAACCGUUGGGUCAGUAUCCGAUACGCUGUCAGUGGAGCCCUUGUGAACUUUAUAACGGGUACUAUUAUCUUGUUAAGCAUCAAGCAGAUGAAUGCCUCAAUCGCAGGUUUCUGUCUCAGCUUCGUCCUGUUGUUUACCGAUCAAAUGUUCUGGGGUAUUCGUCGAUACACCAACCUAGAAAUGGCAUUCAAUGCUGUCGAACGUGUUGUCGAGUUUAUGGAAAUCGAACAAGAAGCUCCAGCUAUAACGGAUGUCAGACCACCGCCUAACUGGCCAACUCAUGGUGCAAUUGAGGUAAAGGAUUUGGAAGUUCGUUACGCUGCUGAUCUCGAACCUGUCUUGAGAGGUCUUACGUUCUCAAUCAAGGCUCAAGAAAAGGUCGGUGUUGUCGGUAGAACUGGUAGUGGUAAAUCAACCAUGGCCUUGUCUUUUUUCAGAUUCGUUGAAGCUACCAAAGGAUCGAUCGUCAUUGAUGGCGUAGAUAUUAAGGACCUUGGUACAGAAGAUCUUCGAUCAAACUUGACCAUCAUUCCUCAGGAUCCUACUCUCUUCUCUGGUACCCUUCGAUCCAACAUGGAUCCAUUCGAUCAAUUUGGAGAUGAAGAUAUCUUUGUUGCCUUGCGUCGUGUUCAUCUAUUGCCUCAAGAGUCUGCAGCAUCUAGAGCAAAUACGGUUACGUCUGAUGCUACCUUAGAGGCAGCUAGUUCUAAUGCUUUCAAAGACCUCAACACGCCCGUUACAGAAGGUGGCAAAAAUUUCUCACAAGGACAGCGACAAUUGCUCUGCUUGGCUCGUGCGUUACUGAAACGUAGUCGAAUUGUGUUGAUGGAUGAAGCAACUGCUAGUGUUGACUUUGAAACAGACAAGGCUAUUCAAAAGACGAUUUCAGUCGAGUUUGCUGAUUCAACCAUCUUGUGUAUCGCACAUCGUUUACAUACUGUGAUUGAGUAUGAUCGUAUAUUGGUUUUGGAUAAAGGAAAGAUAGUUGAAUUUGAUAGUCCUUUAAAGCUAAUCAAUGAUCCUGAAUCUGUAUUCCACAAGAUGUGCCGUAACUCUGGUGAAUUCGAAAGCUUAGUUGCCUUGGCAAAAUCAAAGCAUCAAUUGGUCGAUGCUUAACCAUAUAAAGCGUAAUUUGUAUAUUAAAAUCUGCAUAUUCUCGAUAAUAAAGAUUACAAGACAUUUAACAGUAACUUAUUACCUUUUCAAGCUUGAUGGUUACCAUGGAAAACCAGCAACUGAAUUUGAAACUGUUGAACAAAUAAAAUGCAAGAUCGAUUGUUACUGUUUCGAAUUAUUGAUCACCGUCACAGCUCUGACAAAAAAAAAAGGCAGAAAAGAC